UCUGCCUGUCCAGUGGGCUUUAGCUAUUGCAGUGAAAUGGCGGGCCUUGGGACAGAGCGGGUACUGUGGCCCCCCUGUGACUGCCUUCCAACGAGGGUAUCCUACCCCCUCCCUGCGCCUUCCCAGUGUCCUUCCUGCCUCCUGAGGCUGCCCGCUCUCUUCUUUCCAGCUGCCCAACAUGUUCGGUGAUCUUCGGUCCACAUUCAUCGCCCUCAUGAUUGGCUCCUACGCAUCUUCAGCGGUGACUUUUCCAGCCAUCAAGGUCAUCUAUGACUUCGGCGUCUCCUUCAUCGUCAUCCUGGUUGUCUGGGCCGGCUGUGCAGGCCUCGUGUUCCUGAACUGCUUCCUAAACUGGCCCCUGGAGCCCUUCCCAGGGCCGGAGGACAUGGACUACACGGUGAAGAUCAAGUUCAGCUGGCUGGGCUUUGACCACAAGAUCACGGGGAAGCAGUUCUACAAGCAGGUGACCACGGUGGGUCGGCGCCUCAGCGUGGGCAGCUCCAUGAAGCAUUCCAAGGAGCCGUCGGCCCUGCAGGAGGGCAACAAGCUCUGUCUGUCCACCAUCGACCUGGAGGUGAAGUGUCAGCCGGACAGCACAGCGGCCCCCUCCUUCAUACACAGCCUCUUCAGCCCCAUCCUCCUGCUCAGCCUCGUCACCAUGUGCGUCACCCAGCUCCGCCUCAUCUUCUACAUGGGCGCCAUGAACAACAUCCUCAAGUUCCUCGCCGACGGCAGCCAGGACGCAGGUGGGCGCCUGGGAGACACCCCCCCCCGUGACUGUAGUCAGUGUUGUUGUAGCCGCCUGGCCCCCCCCAACCCCCCUGAGGCCUCUCCCAGGGGGGCCCAGUGGCCCGAG